UUUCUGGUUUUGAACGUUGAUUUGCCCGUCUUAUUAUGUAAAUAUAUAUUUAUUAACGGUGUAUUUGUGUGCAGUGUUUCAUAACAGGUUUGAAUUGUGUCGCAGUUAGAACAAACAAAAUUCAACCCGCGAAUUUAACCCGCACCUGUUGCUCAUUGAAUAAAUCGAAUUGCAAACCUGCCUGCGUGCCCUUUACUUUUUUUACUGUUCGUAGCGGGGUGAGGACGCGAAAAGGAGAAGUGUUUUUUUUGCAACUCAAUUGCGUCGAAGUUUGACUCACACGGCGGCAGCAGCAACAACAACAAAACAACGAAAGUUUCUAUACUAUAGGACUAUGGGCAACAACACCAGUUCGAAAGCAGGCGAAGGAGAUGGCAGUGAACCGCCGUUAGAUGGGGGGAAACAUAAACAUCACCAUCAACUGCACAAAUCCAACAAUAGCACUAGCCAAUCCCAUUCUUCGCUCACAACAACUGGUACAGGGAGCGUCAGCGGGAGUGGAAGUAAUAACAGCCUCAAGGUGCAGCAGCAAGUGCAAACAAUGACCAGAUCGGCUUCGGGUGCGGAUGUAACUGAGAAAUACUUAACUCAGCUCGUUCCCGUGGAGAAGUUGGCCGAAAUCUUAAGGGAUCAGUCAAUGGCCAAGUAUAACAUUAAUGGUAUUGUGGCAGAUGUUUUUGUGACACAAGUUUUUCCCCAGUAUACGGAUUUGGGUCAACGACUCUUCAACUUGAUGCACUCGCUAUCCAAGGCCACCACAAAACAUUUGGGAACUGUGGCCUUUCGUCAGCAGUGUGAACGUUUUCUCGGUAUUAUGGAUGAUGCUAAAACCUUGGAGUUGUAUAUCAAAAUGUAUGCCCAAGAGGAUAAUCCCGAUUUCAUAGACAAGACAGGAGUGACACGUCUUCUGCAUAUAUGCUAUACAAUUGCCAUGCAACACUCGGGCAAUGCUGUGUUGUGUUCGGCCAUUAAUCGGACCUUUGGUUCGGUCACCAAAUCGAUAUUCCUUUGCCACGAUAGCCUCAGUUUGGGCUAUGUGUGUCGCUGGUUUGAGCAGAACCUCAUCAGAUUGGUUCUCCUUGUGCACAAGUAUUGUGUACAUACAUUAUCGACGGCCUAUCGCGGCCUGGAACAACAGUCACAAUCCUGCGGCAUUGAGCUGCAGACGCCAGUGCUGGAGCAACGUAAUCCUUUCACAGACACCACAGAUCAUAGCAGUGCUGGUGGUGGUGGCGGUGGCGGUGGUGGUGGUGCAAUAGAAUCGCUGAUGCCACUCUCCCAGGCUUGGUUAUUGGCUGGAGCAUUGCCACCAUUGUAUUCGAAACCACAGACAAUUGCCCCGCCACCAUCGACAGCAUCGUCAAAUAGUGCGUCGACAGCCGUUCAAAUUUUCAAAGAGAAACUCUCAAUGAUGCCAUCACACUGGACCCUGUUAUACGACUCCAAUGAGCAUGGUGUUGGUGCUAAUCGUUUUUUGCAUCAUGUUCUUGGCUAUCGUGGACCAACACUAGUCCUUCUGCAUACAAAAGACGAACAGACCUAUUGCAUUGCGGCGCCAAGUGAAUGGAAGGAGACCCAUCUGUUUGUUGGCAGUGAGGGUAGCUGUGUCAUUCAACUCUUGCCCAAAUUUGUGAUACUCGAAAAGAAGCCCAACAUUUUGUACCUUAAUACCAGCAUACGUGGUUAUCCCAAGGGAUUGCGUGCCGGUGCCGAUCCCCGCAAGCCUAUCAUAGCAGUUGAUGAACAUUUUGAGAAUGUUGAUUGCAAGGGUCUAGCCGCUGGACUCAUGUCCAUUGAGGUGUGGGGAUGCGGUGACAAAUCAUCACGUGAAGUGCAAUUGGAUAUUAAGAAAUGGCAAAUCAAGGAGGCGGAACGUCAACGUACAGUCAAGCUAACAGCCGCCGAUUGGAUGGAUCAUCCGGAUCGCUAUCUACUCGAGUUGGGUGGCAGGCAAAAUUACAAUAAUUAAACUUAAAAAAAAAAAAACCCAAUGUCUGCAGCUGUGUGUUUCAAAAAAAAAAUGCAAUCGGAGUGCCUUCAUAAUGGGAAAAACACGUUGAUAUCAUCGCAGCUCGAGAAGUGAUCACUGGACUGAAUUUGUUUUUUCUUUCUUUUACUUUACUUAUUCUCUUUUCUUUCUUUCGUGUACGUAAUUAAUGUUGAUUGAUUUGAGUUUUCGGUUUAAUUGUUUUCAUUCUUUAUCAGCGUAUUCGUAUUUGAUUUGAUUGAUAUUUUGUAUGUGUUUUUGUAGCUUGUAUUUUCGUUUAUGUUAUAUUAUUUCUCAAUUGUCCGUACUAAAAACAAAAACCCCACAUGAAAUCACCAAUUUUGUAAUUUUCCGUUGUCUCUUACUGUUGAAAGUUUAAAAUAAUGCAAGUAUUACGAAACGACAAAUAAAAUAUUAAUGCUUAAACUACAAUUUUAAAAACAAAAUCCAAUAAUAAUAAAGAAAAUGUUAUAAAGUAAAAA